GCCGACUUCGUGGCUCUCCUCCCCCCGGAGGUCAGCUCGCGGAUUUUCAGCGACCUGGACGUUGAGAGCUUGUGUCACGCGGCCGUGACGUGCAAGGGCUGGCACCGCGUCAUCGAGAGUAACGACCGCUUGUGGAGGCCGCACUGCUUGAGCGCCAGGGCUGUCUGCCAGCGGGAGAUCGACUGCGACCGGGGAAACGGCUAUUCCUGGAAGAUCACAUUACUGAGAAACUACUGGAAAAGCAAAGUGAAGCAAGAAUGGCUGAGCGGGAAAUACAGCAACAUUCCUUCACAAAACAGCUUGCCAGAGAAAAGCAUGUAUCCAAUGGAUGUCGACACAUGGGGAGAAAUCCUGGAAGCAGAACUUGAGAGAUGA